GCGCCACGGACAGAGACCGGCGGUCAGGCCCGGCUCCCCUCCCCUCCCCUCACCUCCACCUCCUCUACCUCACCUCACCUCACCGGCGGCCCGGCGGUUCUCGCACAAAGCCUCCGCCCUUACACCCAACACGACAAGGCAGGCAAAUGCACGUAGAUUUGUAUUUCUUUGCCGUGUGGAACUUUGGAGUUGUAUGCAUCUUGUGGACCCACUGAUGUACCACCCCAUGCCACUGAAGUGAGCCCUGUGUCACUCCCGUGGCGUACCUGCUCUGUGUCACUCCGUGGCGUACCCGCUCUGUGGCAUACCGGAGAAAUAGCCAACCGUCUCUGAGCAAUGUACCAGCACUUUUCCACGAUGUUGUUUGGAGCCAUCGACUGUGCUGAAAAUGAACAUCAGGAGCGUGCGAUAUGUGAAAAGGAAGCUGACGAGUGGAUUCUGGUUGAUUAUAUUGAUGCUUGUACUAAUUGCUCUAAUGAUGAGUCAGCAGACCUAAGAAGGGAACCUUUUCCAAAUGCUGCCAUCUUUUCCUCUCCGGCCUCUCCUGUUGAGUUGCUUGGCGAACGUAGUGACUCCUGUUUCCUUCAGCUCGACUCCUGCACCCUGGAGGAGAGCUGGUUCAUUACACCCCCUCCCUGUUUCACUGCAGGUGGAUGUGCCCCUGUGCAGAUGGAGACCAGCCCGUUGGAAAAUCUGCUAAUUGAACACCCCAGCAUGUCCGUGUACACGGUGUACAACGUCCAAAGCAACGUGAGGGAGAACAGCGGGACUGCUGAGUAUGAGAGUGAAUCAUUCAGAGGGAAUACUGCUGAUCAGGUAGGCCACCAUAUUCACUUCUACACGGCUGCAGCAGCCACCCAAACAGAUUCUGUGGUACAAGCCAGUCAGCUCCGCUACGUUCAACGCGGAAAAGAGCACGAUGCAAGGCACCUCGUCAACCGCAACAGCAUUCGCCGCCAGAACCUUACCAGGGAGUGUCUUUCUCGACAGGAAGCCUGUGCAGGAGAGUUUCUGAAGUGGAAAAGACGAUGCACUGGGGCAGCUUCUCUCUCUCGACCUCCAGUGGUACGAGUAGUCGUCACAAACUGUGGUCUUCAGUGGUUGCAGUGGAUGACCACGACUCCUCUGUGCCUGUCAUGUCCUUCACUCUCCAGGAGGAAAUGCCUUCCUGGCCAUUGGAUCUCCCUGUAGACCGCAUCCACCUAGCCUGCUGGACCUGACGUCACGGGCAUGUCCCUAUCUCACUGAGGUAUGAGCUCUGCUGGUUGCUGUCACCUGUUGAAGUGGUGGACCGGGGUGUGGCUGCAGCCAAUGCAAACAGCUACUUGGAGCCACAGGUGAGAGCUGAGAGUCAAAGUGAGUGAGCUGCCCCAGAAUGGACAGAACAAGCCCAUCACUAGAGGUGCUACCCCUCCCUGGACACACCACUCUUGCUACAGGCUAAUUGUACAUAUUCAAAGUUUGGAGAUACUUACAUGCCUUCUCUCCAUUUAGCAGUCCAAACAUUUCCAAAUAUGUUCUGUUUCAUGAUUGUCCAUUUCCUUCUUUCUAAAUGUGUUAUGCACUCAGUGGCCACUUGAUUAGGUACAGGUGAGAUCUGCUACUGCAGUGAUCCACCUGAAGGCUGUGCAUUCAGAGAUGCUCUUCUGCACACCACUGUCGUAACGUGUGGUUAUUUGAGUUACUGUCACCUUCCUGUCAGCUUGAACCAGUCUGGCCAUUCUCCUCUGACCUCUCUCAUUAACAAGGUGAUUGCGUCCACAGAACUGCCACUCACUAGGUGUUUUUAUUUUCAUUUCUCACAACAUUCUCUGUAAAUUCCACGGACUGCACUGGAGGCCAAGUCCGUGGGUACAUUUAAAGCAGAAGUUGAUAGUUUCUUGAUUGGUCAGGACAUCAAAGGAUAUGGCAAGAAGACUGGUGUAUGGGGUUGAGUGGGACCUGGGAUUAGCCAUGAUUGAAUGGUGGAGCAGACUUGAUGGGCUGAAUGGCUCCUAUGUAUUAUGGUUUUAUGUUGUUUGUGAAAAUUCCAGAUCAGCAGUUUCUUAAAUGCUUAAACCACCCUGUCUGGCACCAAUAACCAUUCAAUUGUCAAAGGCUUAGAUCACAUUUCUUCCCCAUUCUGAUGUUUGGUCUGAACAACAACUCUUGACCAUGUCUGCAUGCUUUUCUGCAAUGUGUUGCUACCACAUAAUAGUCUGGUGUACAGGUGUACCUAAUAAAGUGGCCAUGGAGUGUGGGAUAUUUUUGAGGUUAUACUCGACACUGUGCAUUGUACAUGAAGGAUUAUUUUGUUCUUGUUAUGUUAACUGAUGUUUAUUGUAGAAUAGUUACAUAUUGUAGAUAUGUCUAGAUACACUCUGGAUAUAAAAUGGUUUUAUUUUUAUCCCAUUUUCUGAAGAUGUACCUGUGAAAUUUAAUCUUUCAUGGGGAAGCACAUUUGUUGAGUUUUGUGAUGAUUCUUUCCCAGCUUACUUUUAUUUCGAAGUUAGUUUUAAUUGCUGCACGUAAUGAAAACUAACAAGGAUGAAAUGUUUCAUUCUUCCUUCUCCUUAAACCCAUCAACCCUCCUGAGGCAUCGGCCGCUACGAGCAGCUCACCACAGUCCUGUGUCCUGGGCUGCAGGUUGAUUGGCCUUGUGGCUUCUGCUUUCACCAUAGGUCAUCCGGGCAAAGGUCUCCCUCCUCCCAGGGACGGGGUCUUUGGUGUUUCUGUAGCUCUGGGUUUUAACGGGAUGGGGUUGCUAGACCCAUGUCCAAUCCGCCUCCUCCUUUCACAGCCGGGCUUGGGACCGUCCAUGGGGGAGUUAUUCUAUACUUCGUAUUGCUUUUAUCCAACAAGGUUCUACUUUGUGGAAGCAUCUUAAUAAAUAAAUCAGAAAAUAAGCAGUUACACAAAUUUUCAGAUUUUUGCAUCUAGUUUGUACAGUCUGGUUAGUCACAGUGAAAGUUGUGGAAUUUUCAAUGAAGUUGUGCAACCAUGACUCAGGACCUCUUUUUUAAAUUUACGAAUACUCUGUCUUGUAUCUCUGUUUUACUAACUAAGGACAAUCUCUGGAGCGGGGAUCCCAGCUCUCUUUAUACCAUGAACCAAUACCAUUAAGCACGGGGCCUGUGGGCUCCAGCUUGGGAACCUCUACUCUAGAACAUCUCUCAAAGGUCUAAUUAAUGCCUCUUUGGUUGUCUUGGAAGCUACGAGUUGGUAACCAAGUCCAUCACAGAAAAUGUUUUGUAAAACUGCAUAAAAUUGAUACCGAAGCAUGUUUUCUUUAUAUGAUUAUUUUGUUAGCUAUUUAUCACUGACAACAUUGUGGUAAAAAUCUAAUUGACUUGUGGUUCUUUCUGCAGAGAUUGCACAAGUUUUCAGUUGUAUGGAUAACUGAUGGUGAUUGGGUAUUAACAUGUAUCCUAACCAACACACACACACACUGCUCGAGGGACUCGGCAGGCCAGACAGCAUCUAUGAAAACAAAUAAGCAAACAUGAACAUUGACUCCUUCAACUUCUCCCCCAUUCCCCUCCACUCGUCUUCAUUUCCCACUCUAGCCUCUUACCUCUUCUCCUCACCUGCCUAUCACCUCCCUCUGGAGUCCAUCCUCUUUCCCUUUCUCCCAUGGUUCACUCUCCUAUCAGAUUCCUUCCUCUCCAGUCCUUUACUUUUCACCUAUCACCUUCCAUGCCCCCCUCCACCUUCUUAUUCUGCUGUCUUCCCCUUUCAUUUCCAGUCCCGGUGAAGGGCCUUGGCCUGAAAUAUCGACUGUCUAUUCCUCUCCGUAGAUGCUGCCCGACCUGCUGAGUUCCUCCAGCAUUCUGUGUGUGUUGCUUUGGAUUUCCAGCAUCUGCAGAACCUCUUGUGUUGACGUAUCCAAACCAAAUGGCUGUUGAUACUUUGAUGUUGUCCUGUACAUUUGACUGAUUUAUUGUGUUUUUGUAAAACAGGAGUUUCCCAGCCAGGGGGUCCACUGCACCCCCCCCCCCACAGUUAAUGGUCAGGGUCCAUUGCAUAAAAAAGGUUGGGAACCCCAGCUGUAAAGAGCCCUUUGUAUUUUGUGGGAUGGGAUACGUCGUUGAUGACGAUCAUCAAAAGACUUAAGAUUAUGAACAAAGCUGGUACAUAUUACAGGAGGAGAAGUGUAAAUGUUACAAAAUAUAUGAAAUUGUUAGAAACGGAGUAGCACAGUAGCAUAACGCUGUUACAGCACCAGCGAUCCAGGUUCAGUACCCACCUCUGCCUGUAAGGAGUUUGUACGCUCUCCCCGUGACUGCGUGGGUUUCCCCCGGGUGCUCUGGUUUCCUCCCACAGUCCAAAGACGUGCCGGUUAGUGGGUUAAUUGGUCACAUGGGUGUGUUGGGCAGCAAUGGCCUGUUACUGUACUGUAUCUCUAAAUAAAAUAAAUACAUUUAAAGAUACUAAGCUGUAGCUUAAAUUCCUGAAUAGUGGGAUUCAGGUUUUGUAAAUUAUGUGCCUUCCAGUAUGUGAAUUCAUCAUUUACUGUAACAUGAAGAAUUUUGUGGAUAUGAAAGAGACAGGUGAUGUAAAUAUAAGCAAUCUAACUAUGCACAGAAGACUUUGCGGAGUUGCUCUGUACAGUUUUAUGGUCAAUUAUGACAGGUAACUGCAAAAAUCAAAGAUUGUGGUUGUUUUAACUCACUCUGAGACUUUAUGCUCACUCAGUUGACUGAUAUCAUCCAUUUUCCAGAAUAAAUCCAGCACUUUGCCAAAUCAGUCUUACAGUAGGGUCUGUGAUUUAAUUUUAUUUACUAAUUUAGGAUCAACCAAUUUCUCAGUAAAUAUGAAAGGUUAGCCAGUACAGUGGAUCAAUGUAAGAUUGUUCUUUCAAAAACUGUUUAAAUACUUUUCUAUACUUUAAUGUGUUUGGAAUGGUUUUUGUUUCAGGUUAUAAUUUUUGCUUAUUAAUUUCUUGUACUCACUGUGGAUAUGUUUCCGUUGUCAUUAAAUACAAUAAUGAAA